AUGCACUUCAUGUUCAGUGCCUCUCCUGAAGACUCAUCUAAGCCUUCACACAGAGAAUGUGGCUUCAUUCGAAUGCAGCCAAAGACCAACAGAGUGGCUUUCAUUAUUGCACAGGACUCAGGUCUGGUGGAGAUUGAAGAGGGAGAGCUCACAGGAAAGCAGCUGACCUUGAAGACCCACAAGUUGGAAAGAAUCUCUUUUGCCAAGGAGCCCCACGUGCAGCAGAUUUGUCGAGUGUUUCAGCUACGACCAGAUGGGAAGUUGGCGCAGACGGUUUCUAUGACACUAGACAAGAAGGAACCUACUCAGUACUUGAACAUCACCUACGUUAAAACAUCUUGAGCAAACAGGACAGCUUUUCCUACAACGGCAGCAUGUUGCACUUGAAUGUUAAUACUGCUUGUCUAUUCUGUGCUAAAUGGCUGGUGAGGGGCAGAAAUAAUGGUGGCAGCUGCAGACCUAUGCACGGUUUUGAGGGGUUGGUUACAAUUGGUGGUGGUGGUGCCCCUCCACCUCCUGUCAAAAUGUACAUGGUGGGUUUUUACUGGAAGGUGUAUCACUUGAUUUCACUGAAAUAAAUCUACUUGGUCAUCA